GACCAUUGUUGUUGUGACUGCCGUCCAGAGAGCAGCAGGGUGCUGUACGAGGGCUGGUGUGUGAAGGUCGCAGUCGCUCGCUCCUCUCUCUCUCAGCAGUUGAACGAAACAGGACUGUGGAGGGAGGCUGAGCCCCACAUUUGAUCAGCAGAGCUUAUUGGGAAUUACACACUGAGCAGUGGAACUUGAAGAAGCGCUGCGUAAAGACGCGCGUAUCCAAAACGGUGUUGCAGUGUAACCAAGAAGGGACUCUGAACUACGGGGCACGGGUUUUUUUUGUUUGUUUUUGUUUUGUACCCGUCUCUAUAAAUCGGAUCAUUUUCAGCAUUUUCAUACAACUCUUACUCGUAAGUUCCUCGCUCCCUGACUGUUUUUCUUUAUCUCCGUGGAUUUAGCCUUCUGAGCGGCAGCCUGCAGUGGACUUUGCCCCGGGGAUCGCAACGCUUUCCCCCGGGUCACUGGAAGAGCCCGACAGCUGUCGUUCGUGUAACAGGCCACUGUUUUUUGAUGGAUUUAAGGCUCAGCUUCGAUUUUAGUCGGAUACACAUAAGCUGAAACACGCUCACAGACUGAUUUUUGGGAAGGAUACACCGGGAAAAGUGGCUCUCCAAAUGAGGAUUUCAAUAUUCGCUCGGAUCAACCGGGACAAGGAGUGAUUUCCACACCGGUGCCAAUUAUCACUGCGAGGACAGACCCAAAGCAAAGCAGGCUCCACGUUUACAGACUUUGGGGGUCUCUGAAGUUGCCAAUGCCAGCGAGUGGAGUGUGAGGCCCGGAAUAGGCUUCCAACGUUUAAUUUUCCCUUUUAGCCCACAAAACACGCACGUCACCCACAGAAGAUGACGCGGGUCUGCUUGUUCUGUAUUCUGCUGCUCUGUUUGGUGGUCAGAGUCACGGCCAGAACCACCGAUGGCUUAAGAAUAAAAGAUCUUCGGGUCACUAGGCCUCUGAUAGUUCCAGGUUACCCAGAAAACACCACAGCAGUGGUUGGUGGUCAGGCAAAGUUGAUGUGUAAAGUCCACAGACCAGGAAGCACAAAGGUGCAGUGGCUGAAGGUGAAUGUCAGCGAACCAGGUCAGAACCAGGGAGGACCCCCUGGCCUCAGGGCUCUGACGCCCCUGCAGAACAUAUCAUCCAAGGUGAAUACUCUCCAUCUGUCCAACAUCACUGUGGAGGAUGCUGGCGAGUACAUCUGCAUGGCUGAGAACACCCAUGCGGGACAGACAGUGCAGGCCAUGCAGUCAGCAUGGCUGGAGGUCCUGCCUGGGAUUAUCAUUUCCCAAACUGAGGACAUGCCUGCUACUAAAAUUCCCUCAGAUGUUCUCGAGGACUUGAGUGAGGACACCACAGAGCAUCUCCUGUUAGAGCCAGGCAACGUCCUAAAACUGCGCUGUGACAUGAGCACCCGGCCCGGCAUGGCUGUAAACUGGUACAAGGAGGGUGCACGUGUUCUGCCCACACCCCGGAUCCAGAUGCGAGGCGCCAUCAUGGAAAUCACAGACGUAACAUAUGAAGAUUCAGGUGUUUAUGUUUGUGUUCUCCGGGGAUCCAAAGAGCCUGUGAGGAACUUCACUAUCACUGUGGCAGACUCGCUGGGAUCUGGGGACGACGAUGAGGACAACGACUUGGAGGAUUCUUCAGCUGAGAUUGAAAAUGACCAAGUUUACUUCUACAGAGGACCGUAUUGGACACAUCCCCAGCGUAUGGAGAAGAAACUCUAUGCUGUUCCUGCAGGAAACACAGUGAAGUUUCGUUGUCCAGCUAUGGGUAGCCCCAUGCCGAGCAUCCGCUGGCUCAAAAAUGGACGCGAAUUUAGAGGAGAGCAUCGCAUUGGAGGCAUCAAGCUACGACACCAGCACUGGAGCCUGGUGAUGGAAAGUGUUGUGCCCUCAGACAGAGGAAACUAUACCUGUGUGGUAGAGAACAAAUAUGGCUCCAUCAGUCACAGCUAUGUUCUUGAUGUUCUGGAGCGUUCACCCCACAGGCCGAUCCUGCAGGCAGGUUUGCCAGCCAACACCACAGCAGUGGUAGGCAGUGACGUCCAGUUCCACUGCAAGGUCUACAGUGACGCCCAACCUCACAUUCAGUGGCUCAAGCACAUCGAAAGGAACGGCAGACGCUAUGGUCCUGACGGGACCCCCUACGUUCAGGUCCUCAAGACUGGCAGUCUGAACAUGUCCGAGGUGGAGGUCCUCUACCUGUCCAAAGUUACCAUGGAGGAUGCUGGAGAGUACACCUGUCUGGCUGGAAAUUCAAUUGGCUAUGCCCACCAGUCUGCCUGGCUCACUGUCAUUUCAGAGGAAGAAGCAGCAGAUGCUAUGGAAACAAUGGAAACCAAAUAUAGCGACAUAAUUAUCUAUGCUUGUGGAUUCCUGGCUCUGAUCAUGGCCAUUGUCAUCGUGGUGUUGUGCCGAAUGCAGGUCAACCCCAGAAGGGAGCCAUUUGAUGCACUCCCAGUGCAGAAGCUUUCCAAGUUCCCUCUUCGCAGACAGUACUCAGUGGAGUCCAACUCGUCAGGGAAGUCCAGCGCAUCUCUGAUGAGGGUGGCUCGCCUGUCUUCCAGCUGUUCACCAAUGUUGGCUGGAGUCAUGGAGUUUGAGUUGCCCUAUGACCCAGACUGGGAGUUCCCCAGGGAGAAUCUAACAUUGGGUAAACCUCUAGGAGAAGGCUGCUUUGGUCAGGUGGUCAGAGCUGAAGCCUACGGCAUCAACAAGGACUGUCCAGAACAAGCCACUACUGUAGCAGUCAAGAUGCUCAAAGAUGACGCCACAGACAAAGAUCUGGCAGACCUCAUCUCAGAGAUGGAGUUGAUGAAGGUGAUGGACAAGCACAAGAACAUUAUCAACCUGCUGGGAGUCUGUACACAGGAUGGCCCUCUGUAUGUGCUGGUGGAGUAUGCUUCCAAAGGAAGUCUGAGGGAGUACCUGCGAGCCCGACGACCUCCAGGCAUGGAUUACACCUUUGAUGUGACUAAGGUGCCUGAAGAGCAGCUCACCUUUAAAGACCUGCUGUCCUGUGCCUACCAGGUGGCUAGAGGGAUGGAGUACCUGGCCUCUAAAAGAUGCAUCCACAGAGAUUUGGCAGCCAGGAAUGUUCUGGUGACCGAGGACAAUGUGAUGAAGAUUGCUGACUUUGGCCUGGCCAGAGGAGUCCACCAGAUUGACUACUACAAGAAAACCACCAAUGGACGACUACCAGUGAAGUGGAUGGCACCAGAAGCUUUGUUUGACAGAGUCUACACUCACCAGAGUGAUGUGUGGUCAUUUGGUGUAUUGAUGUGGGAAAUAUUCACACUGGGCGGUUCACCGUACCCUGGUAUCCCUGUUGAGGAACUUUUUAAGCUGCUGAAGGAAGGACAUCGCAUGGACAAACCAUCAAACUGCACACACGAACUCUAUAUGAUGAUGCGUGAAUGCUGGCAUGCUGUUCCCACCCAGAGACCAACCUUCAAACAGCUGGUUGAGGAACUGGACAGGGUGCUCCUGUCCAUUUCUGACGAGUACUUGGAUCUGUCAACGCCUUUUGAACAAUACUCUCCUUCAUGCGAGGACACAUCCAGCUCCUGCUCCUCUGACAACGACUCAGUUUUUACCCAUGAUGCCUUAUCCACCGACCCCUGCCUCUUGGGCUACCAGGACGUGCACUCUCGGAUAGACACGAAGACGGCUCUUCGAUAGGCGCACGAACACCACACACGUACAAACACAACACUACAGUUGGGAAACACUACUUUGGGCUUUUGAAUGAAGUAACAUCCUCUGGCUACCAAACUGAAGGACUGCUGCUCCUUUCUAAAGGUAAAUUAAAGAUUUAUUCAUGCGAUGUUGUUCAUUGGACCUCCACUAUGGCAUCCGACAAAGCCCUGGAAUAUAGAUAGCAUUUGUAAACACACGUACACACACAAAUACAUGCACAGCCACACACCUCUGCACAUGGAGCACCAAGGACACUACGCUUGACACCAAGGUGGAGUUUUGAAGUGUUACAUCAUGGACAGAAGAAAGGAGGACAAACCAAUCAUGGUACUUUGGACUAUCAGUUGUGGAACAGUGCCCAAGAACAGUUUUAGCUUUGGAGGCAUAAAACUCAACAGAAGUGACCCUGGUACUUGAAAUGCCUUUAAGUGCUUUCUCUCUUUUAAGGCAGCAGACAAAGAUCUCCUCCACAAACUCGACCCACAACCAGGGCUGGAAAACCUCGGUCAUAAAGACAUUUUGACAAAAACAAAAAAACAAAAGAUUUAUUUUGCUAUCAUAGAAGAUAAGAAACUGAUUGUUAAAUAUAAAUCUGUUUAUAUAAGAUUAUAUUACUUUUGUGUUGCUUAUUUAAGGAGAAAACAGUCUUAAAUCUCAGGAUCUCUCAUGCUAAGAAGUUGCUGUAGUGGCAGCAAAGUGCCUGAAUCGAUGAUUUCCUGUGAAUAUAUUAGAAUAUUAAACUAUUGUUAUGUACAUAUCAACAACAGAAAGACAAUUGCCUUUUAUAAAUUAUUCUGAAUGACACAACAAGUGAAGGCUAUUGGGGGCAAAAGAAGAGAGGAAUUUAAUCAAGUGCCAAACCUGUCAUGUCGUGGGCUAUCUAUUUCUUUCCAAAAUACCAGCGUAUUCAUAUUUAUCUCCAACAGCAUCCCUAAAUCUAAAAAUGCAGAUCUUAUUUUGAAUUAUGACUGAUUGACUGAGACAUGAAAAAUCCAUUAACAAUUAAAGCCUUAAGUGCUUUUGUGGCAA